CUUCUUCUCGAUUAAUUAGGGUUUUCUUUUUCUUCUCUGCCAAAACCCUCCACAGCUCUCCUUCUUCGUUCGUCACCAUGAGUAGGUCAGGCCAGCCUCCAGAUCUCAAAAAAUACAUGGACAAAAAGCUCCAGAUAAAACUCAAUGCCAACCGCUUGGUAAUUGGAACCCUUCGUGGGUUUGACCAAUUUAUGAAUCUAGUGGUUGACAACACCGUGGAAGUGAAUGGCAAUGAGAAAACUGAUAUUGGCAUGGUGGUGAUUAGGGGCAAUAGUGUUGUCACCGUUGAAGCACUUGAACCUGUGAACAGGACGCAGUGAUGGGUGGAUGUGUCGGUUCAACUCUUGCUGAUCUGUUUUAUAGAUUAGUGGGUAUCAUUCGGAACUGUAGGAUGUAUAAUUUUGGGAUGUUAUGGAUAUUAGAUGGAACUCUUUGUACUCCAUUGUUCUGCAUAGGUGGAUUAUAAAUUUGAGAAAUAUGAGGUUUCUGUAUCAUUCUGAGAGAGAUAUUCAUUGCCUUAGGUAAGAUCUUCUCACAAAACUUUUUUAUCCUCAUGCUACAGCACCAAGAUCCAAUUACAUUGCAAUACGAGGUGUGUGAACCCAUUGUAUCA